UUGACAAGUCCUUUAUAGACGAAAAGGGCUUGACAAAUAUGGCAGCGGCCAGCGUGGACAAUAUUUACCGUACAGUGUUUUGCUGAGUGUGUUCUCGGUAGCCGCCACGUCAAAAUAGACUUUGAUGGGAACUGUCGUCUGUCAUUUGACUCAGCUGCAGUUGCCAUGGUAACGGCUACGUGUACAGAUCUGAUGCUGUGAUCUAGACAAUCCAACAUGUUAGUGAUACGUCCCAAUACCCGGUUGUUGGUGGCUCUGGCUGCUUCUAGCUGCUGCACGCUCUAUUUGCUUCAUCUGAUCUACUUGGAGAACAAGGUCGACAGGAACGUGGACGAAAAACCAGGGCUGAGAGAUGUCAGCAUUUGGGACUUGUUUCUCCCUAGUAAUAAUGGAGGUGAUGACUGGGAAAAUGGCCACCAGGAGGACCCAGUGCGCAAACUCCUGCAGAUCGCAAGGGUUGCUGGGUACCCUGAGAUGAGUGUGGACAGGGCGGCGGAGAAGGUCAGCGAGAUCAGGAAGGUCGUGGAGGAGUUCCACCGCGCAGGCGCAGGGGACAAGCUAGCGGCCUCCUUUCUCCACAAGAUUGACAUCAUCCUCCUGUCGGAACAGAGCGCGGAACAGCUUCACAGGCAGAUCAGGGAGAGGGCUGAGGAAGAGAAGAGGACAAAGGAACAGGACAAAAAGAGAGAGGAGGAACAGAAACGUCUGGAGAAGCAACAGAAAGAGGAAAAGAAAGAAGAAAAAGGCCACAAAGGAGAGGAUCCAGCCGAAAAACCUCCGCCGAAACCCAAGCUGAGUAAAGAGCGAAUGGACCAGAUCGCGAAGGCGGUGGCGAACCUACGCAAGGCGGACGAGAAACUUCCGUUCGAGCGGAGGGCGAAGCUGUGGAAGAUGGGGUACGAGAGAGACGACAAGUACAGCUUUUCGGACUGUGACGACAUGGACAACUCUGUGGCGCGCAACCUGCCUGAGUCUGCCUGGUUCUCGGAGAGGUACAUGGACGACCUGAAACUGUUCCUGGACGCGGAGGACAUCGACAACCCCUACAUCUACCACAAACUCCGUCACUACGGGCUGCCGUUCGGAUUCGGAGCGCAGAAACGGGACGUGAUGGCGCGACUAGUGCACAACGAUAACUUCACUAAUGACGACAUCCAUGGCGAUUACCGCAAAACGUGCCUGUCAUGCGCAGUGGUGGGGAGUAGCGGAGACCUGAAAGGAGCAGGAAUGGGCAGAGAGAUCGACAAACAUGACUAUGUGUUCAGGUUAAACAAAGCAAUGACCGGCUCCCUUUACUGGCCUGACAUCGGAAACAAAACUACCUUCUACACUUUCUACCCGGAGUCCAACCACGUCCAUCUUCUGAACAACAAAGAGAAUGUUGUGUACCUUUUCGCACCGUUUAAGCAGUACGAUGUCGACUACGUCAUUGCGGUGGUGGAAGGGGAACCCAUGCCCAAAAUCAAGGCAAACAAUAAGUACUGGUCGGUUCGCAAUCCGAAGAUCCACGGGCGCCAGUUGAAGCUGUUCCACCCUGACUUCCUGCGGUAUAUCCACGUGUCGUACCUGAACCACACCGCGGGCCGGCCCACCACGGGCGCCAUGCUCGUCUUCACCGCCGUGCACAUGUGUGACAAGGUGGACAUUUACGGGUUCGGGUACGAUCCCAGGUUCUCCGCUCACUACUACGACACGAGCUUCCACGAGCACACGGACAAGGGCACGGUCCACAACAGCACCAACGAGAGGCGCGUCUGGGAGCGGCUUCACGAGGACGGUAUCAUCAACUGGUGGAGACGCGACAGAUGACACAAGUUGUGAAGACACUAGACAAUGCCCGGUCUUUGAGACUAAGAGUACGCUAACACUGUGCUACUAAUUUGGUUAGAGAAACAUUUGAGACGUGUAACUCAUCUGGGAGCAUUUUCUUGCCGAUGGCAUCAUCAGCUGGUGGAAACGAGGUAGAUGAAACAAGAUGUCAUAAGAUUAGACACUAUCGAGUUGGACUAAGAGUCUGCUACUAACUUGUCUAGAGAAAUAUUUGAGACCGAAACUCAUCUGGAAGAAUCUCCUUGCUUGUGGCAUCAGCAAGAUCUUGAAGGUCGGGUCACAUCUUGAAGAUAUGACCAGGAAGACAGUAUCAAGCCUUAGGAACUACCAAGCAUUUACCAUUGGGGAAACGUUUGAAGAUACACCAAAAAGCAGUUACUCAAGC